AUGGCUGACGCUACGCGAUUGCAGAGUGCGAUUCGAGAAGCAGAGGAAAGGUUCGCAGCGACGAUUGAACCCAGCAUUGAUGAGCGUAUGCGUGGAUUCGAAGAACGCAUAAAACUAAGCAUGGAGUCUCGAUUCAAUAGCUUCCAGGAGACAUUGAGAGGCGUUGGAUUGCAGAUGGCGGAACUUUCUACGGCGCGUAGAACUCGUGGAGGUGGCGAUGGCGAGCAUCGUGUCGCAACGCGAUUGACGCGUUUGGAUUUUCCAAAAUUCAACCGCGAAGAUGUGGAUUCUUGGCUCGCGAAGUGUGAGCGCUUCUUUGCGCUGGAUUCAACACCAGAAGAUGAUCGAGUUGCUGUUGCUAGCAUUGCACUCGAUGAAAGUUCAUUUCGAUGGUUCCAGAGCUUGGAACAGAGCACGGUGGGAAGGCUUGCAUGGAAGGAAUUUGCUACAGCUGUCAAGAUUCGUUUUGGUUUGGAAUUUGAGUCUCCAAUGGAGGAACUCAAACGUUUGGUGCAAACUGGAAGUUUGGAUGAGUAUCAAGAAGCGUUUGACAAUCUCAUAGGUCGCACUGAGUUAACAGAGGGCCAGAAAUUGCAAUGUUAUUUGGGAGGUCUCAAUGCAGAGCUUAGUAAUGGAGUCAAGAUGUUUGCUCCAAGAACUGUGUUAGAGGCUACAAGGAUGGCGAAAUUACAGGAGAGAAGCUUCGAAUUGCUGCAGAAGCGCAUGGUGCCUGUUUCUAGAGGUUAUGGAAAUUGGUCAGAGAAGAAGAAUGUAAGUGUUCUUCCUGAAAAGAAAGCUUUUCAAACUGAUAAGAAGGCACAGAAUGAUAAUACACAGAAAAGCAUUUUAGGGAAACCUAAUUACACAUUUCAAAAGAAGUUAACUCCUAAGGAAUUGGAUGAGCAUCGUGCUCAAAACCUUUGUUUCUUUUGCCAUGAGAAGUAUUCUCCUGGUCAUAAGCGCACACAGAGGAAGAAGUUGCAAGUGUUUUUGAUGGAGGUACAUGAUGAAGAGCUACCUGAAGGGGAACAAGAAGGGGAAAUGGAGGUAAUUGACACAGCUUCUGGUGUUCCCAGAGUCUCUCUCAAUGCUUUGAAUGGGAAUGGGGAUUCUUCUGAUGAACCUAUGAUGAGAUUGACUGGUUGGAUAGGGAAGAGGAAAAUUUUUGUGCUUAUGGACACAGGUAGCACACACAAUUUUAUUGACCAGAAAUUGUGCAAAGCUGGCUUAGUAAAGUUGAAGCCUUUGCAACCUGUCAGCAUCACAGUAGCAGAUGGUGGUUUAAUCCAAAGUUCUGGUUGGUGUGAAGAUGUCCACUGGAAAAUGCAAGGUUACAACUUCUCUGCCAACACUAUAGCUAUUCCUCUUACUAGUUGUGACUUGAUUUUGGGAAUGCAAUGGCUGAAACAGUGGGGUAAGAUUUCUUGGGACUUUGCAAACUUAGUUAUGGAAUUUAAUAUGGGAGGUAUUCCUGUUGUUUUACAUGCCAUGGAGGAACAAGUACCCCGAGUAGUAUCUACUACCAAGUUGAAUCAUAUGAUGUUAGAAGAUAAAGUUUGCUGUAUGUUGCACUUGAUUCCUUGCUGUCAGGGGUUAGUUUGUUGCAAUGUUACUACUGCUGAGACUGAUUUGACACAGCAACAAGAAUUGUUACUUCAAGAUUUUCAGGAUGUGUUUGAGGAGCCUAACUCUUUACCACCAUUUAGAGGCAUCCAUGAUCACAAAAUCAUUUUGAAGGAGGGCUCUAAUCCUGUUUCCCUUAGGCCCUAUAGAUAUCCUCCAGCACAGAAGGAUGUGAUAGAUACUAUGGUCAAGGAGUUAUUGAAUUCAGGGGUAAUCCAACCUAGUUCCUCUCCUUUUGCAUCUCCAGUUGUGUAG